GGCCGUAGCCACGUGAUCCAAGAUGGCGGCGCCCAGUGGCCGUGGCACGCGGCUCUUCCGGUAAGGUCGGAGGCAGCAGCCGGCAGAGUCCGCGUCGCUCCGCAGCCAUGGCCGGCCGCAACAACAACAAGCUGCCCGUCAACCUGCCUCAGCUGCAGAACCUGAUCAAGCGGGACCCGCCUUCGUAUACCGAGGAGGUGAGGCCUAGGGGUCACAUAAUUCCCAUUCCCUGCGCCUUUGGAACUCCCUGCCUCUUGAGAUCAGGCAGGCGCCUUCGCUGUGCUCUUUGCGGCGCUGGCUAAAAAAAAAAAGCAUCAUUGUUUAGACGAGCCCACCCAGGUGCUUAGAAAGCUGCGGCGAUUUUGAUCUGUUUUAGGAAUUUAACUUUUGCAUGCUUUUAAAGUAAGGGUUGAGAGCUUUUCUCGAUUUCAUUGACUUCAUCCCCGGAGGCGCACUCCAUAGGCUCCCUAGGCAGACGGAUGCCAAUACCAAAUUGUUUUUACCAUUUUGGGUACGUGCUUUGAGGUCUUUAAAAAAACAAAACAUCUCAAAUGCAGGUGUUUAAAGCAUUUACGUGAAAUAAGCUGCGAGGGAAGUAAAUCCUUUUUGUCUGUGUUUCAGUUUCUUCAGCAGUAUCGCCAUUACCAGUCCAAUGUGGAGAUAUUCAAACUGCAGCCAGCAAAGCCCAGUAAAGAUUUGGCUGAACUAGUGAUGUUCUUGGCACAGGUAAAAUGGCAGAAUCUAUGUGUGGUAUGGGAAGUUCUGCUGGGAUUUGUUUAGGUCGCUCUCAGUUCCCUUGCAGCCUUAACCACUAUUACGGACAGGAGGAAAUGGAACUGGUAGCGAAGACCUUAUUUACUGAUGAUGUGUUGGCUCUAAAAUAAAAAGAGAGAGAGCAAUCGCUUUGAUGUUCCUCUGUCUGUAAUAAGCUUAUUGCUUGACCCUUGCUCUGAUUUAUUUUACAUUUAUUUAUAAAAUUUGUAUGCCACCCUUCAGCCAUAGAUUACAAGGAAGUUCACAACAUAAAAGUAAAAGAUAAAAAACACAAAAUACACCAUAAAAAGAAGAACUCCCUCUGUGGGAUGCCCUCCCACCAGAUGUCAAAGAGAACCAUAACUCCCAGACUUUUAGAAGACAGCCCAUUUUAGGGAAGCUUUUAAUGUUUGGACUACUGUAUUUUAAUAUUUGGUUGGAAGCCGCCCAGAUUGGCUGGGGAAACCCAGCCAGAUGGGUGGGGUAUAAAUAAUAUUAUUUAUUAUUAUAACAAAAACAAGCCAAUAACCCCCUUCUCCUACAAACACGUUUAAAAGAGCAUAGGAUGAAAAUCAGCCAAGGCCUGGUGGAAAAGGAACAUUUUCACCCAGCACCUAAAGCCCAACCUAUCUGGAGAGAGCAUUCCACAAAUGGGGAGCCACUGCAGAAAAGGCCCUGUUCUUGUAUUGCCACCCUCCGGAUGGUUGACCUAAUUCACUCAGAAGGUUAUCAUGAGGGUAAAUGAAAGAUGCGUUGCCACAAACUCCUUGGAGGAAGAGUGCUAACAGAUACGAUGAAUCUAAUGCAGGAAUAGGAGACCAGAUGCUGUGGAACUCUCAGCUCCCAUCAGCCCCUGCCAGCAUGCCCAGUGGUCAGAGAAUAUAUCCAACAUCUUGUGGAUCAAAGGCUCUCCAUUCUUCCUCUGAGAUCUGUUGUGUCAUCAGCAUUGCUUUUUAUGGGUUGCUUUCUUCUUUACGUGUACCUUGAGGGGUCCUGUGGCCCUCCAGUUGUUCAACAACGUCUGGCUCCCAUCACCCCUGACCAUUGGCUGUGCUGACUUGGACUGAUGGGAGUUGGAGUCCAUAGGAGCCAACUCCAGGGGGCUGGAGUUUAUAAUACAGUGGUACCUUGGGACGCAGGUGGCGCUAUAGGUUAAACCACAGAGCCUAGGACUUGCCGAUCAGAAGGUCGGCGGUUCGAAUCCCUGCGACGGGGUGAGCUCCCGUUGCUUGGUCCCUGCUCCUGCCAACCUAGCAGUUUGAAAGCACGUCAAAGUGCAAGUAGAUAAAUAGGUACCACUCCGGCGGGAAGGUAAAUGCCGUUUCCGUGCGCUGCUCUGGUUCGCCAGAAGCGGCUUAGUCAUGCUGGCCACAUGACCCAGAAGCUGUACGCUGGCUCCCUCGGCCAGUAAAGCUAGAUGAGCACCGCAACCCCAGAGUCUGCCACGACUGGACCUAAUGGUCAGGGGUCCCUUUACCUUUACCUUUGUUCUCAAACGCCUUGGAACCCAAACAUGCAAACCCGGAAGUAAGUGUUCCAGUUUGCGAACUUUUUUCGGAAGUCGAACAUGGUCUGUUUUGAGUGUUACACUUCCGAUUUGAGAGCCACACUUCCGUUUGGAGUUUUACACUGAGGUCUGUCUGUUUUUGCAAUUUAUUUUGCGUUUUUGUGGCUCUUUCUUUGUGUGUGUGACUGUGUGGAACCCAGUUCAGCUACUGAUUGAUUUUGUGACUGCCGUACAUUGUUUAUUGCUUUCAUUUUAUGGAUCAAUGGUCUCGUUAGAUAGCAAAAUCCAUGUUAAAUUGCCUGUUUUGGGGAUUGUUAUUAAAAGUCUGGAAUGGAUUAAUCCAUUUUGCAUUACUUUCUAUGGGAAAGCGUGCUUUGGUUAUGGAACAGACUUCCGGAACAGAUUAAGUUUGAGAACCAAGGUACCAAUGUAUAAUAUAAUUGUGGGACCAGGCACCCACAAACUCAAUGAGAAAAGGCGGCAGCGGUGCUGUGUCCGAGAGAGAAGCAGUUCAACUCUGCCUUCCGUACCCAGCCAGCGAGGCACCCUUUUCCAGUGGGUAGGGGCCUCUCUGCCUCUGAGUCCUUCCUCAUGGAAAAGGGUGCCUCACUGACUGCUGAGAGGAGGGGGAAGUGGAGCCGCUGCAAUGCGGAAGUGUGACGUCACAUGCGCACGCCUGCACAUAGUGCACCCACAAUUCUGAUGGAAACAUGGCACCCCGUUGGGAGUCCAGCAGUAUCUGGAGGGACACAUACAGGCUUUCCACUUUAUGUCAAGCUUCUCUACUUUCUGUGCAGGUUGGCCACUGCUAUCCUGAGUACCUGGCAGACUUUCCACAGCAGCUGAAGGAACUGCUGUCCUACAAUCACACAGUCUUGGAUGCAGAUCUUCGAAUGGUGACUCUGAUGUUAAAAUACUAAUACUUCCUCAUCUGGGGCAGGGAAUUCUGUAGGGCAUGACACCUGCAAUUUGGGAAGAAGUUCUUCUUUUCCAGUACCAAGGGGUUGCAGUGGUACAAUGCAUUUCAAUUCUUUCUCCAUGUUUUUUUCUCUGCAUCUGCAUGACAAAAUUUACAUUUUGCUCCAAACUCAUAGAAUCCAUGCCAGUGCACAUGUUUGGGGGGUGUUCAACUGAAGGUCAUGUGUAUGUGGGUUCAGUUGAAAAGGGAGACUUGAUACAUUGGGGUUUAGAAGCUGGAAGAAAUGGCAAUGUCGGUAUGUUUUAUUAUUGUUCUUACUAUGCUGUGGCUUCCCUUAAGGAAACCUCUACAAAGAAAUCACUGAAUCAAAAAUCUCAGCACAUUUGUCAAUAUAACAUUUUUGUUAAAACCUGGUUAAGGAUUGCCAGUUGUCAUUCUCAACUGUGUGAAAGCUCAGCUCCCAGAAAUGGCCAGUUUUGCAAGUUGAACAGAGUAUACGAAUUUCAUUUGCAAUACAUGUAGAUUUUGCAUAAUAUUGCGAUUCCCAGCGGACAAGCAAAGACAUAUGGAGAGUGUUCAAGUUCUGCUCAGUGAUCACUAGCAGUCCUGUUGAGCAGGCAUGUGAGAACUUGUCACACACGCAUUUUCAAGCUUAUCACUAUGAACAUAAGGACUAGAAACUUCCUUUAAAAAUAAAUUGAAAGAUGAUAAACUCAGACUGCUGAAUUGUUGAGCACCAGACUCGAUGUUUGUACGUAUAUCAUAAAAGCAGUUUUUGUGGCGUAUAAAAAAAAAAUUAAAAAUCCUGAUAACUGGUAACCGGUAACUUCUUUCCCUAUUUGCAGACAUUUUGCAAAGCUCUAAUCCUGCUGAGAAACAAGAACCUUAUCAACCCCACAAGCUUGCUGGAACUUUUCUUUGAGCUCCUCCGUUGCCACGAUAAAUUUUUACGAAAAGUGAGUAGCAAAGUUACUGUCCCUGUCGGUCUUUUCUUGUUUGUUCAUAAUAUGCAGUUUUAAAAUAAUGGACUGUAGGCGCACUUGUACCUUGCCUACAUGACUUGGGACCCCUUCUUAAGAGGGUGAAUUCCCUGCUGUGAAAUGUCAUUCCUCCCAUUAGCCAGGGGCAUGUUUGUUGCAUUUACCCUUAUAUGUGGGAUUUGAGGUGGGGGAUAACUGCAGUCUGCAGAACAUCCCUGUCCCGUCCCCCCAUCGCUUAUUCUCCAGGAGGGUUUGAUGGAAGUGUUCCAACACAAACAAAUCACAAAGGCUGAUGAGGGUCCACUGCCAGUCCUUGCUAAGAGAAUUACUCUAGAAGGGGAAGCAGAAACCAUAGCUGGAGAGACAGGAAGGAUGGACAGAAGAAGAAGAAGAAGAAGAAGAAGAAGAAGAAGAAGAAGAAGAAGAAGAAAAGUUUGGAUUUGCUAUCCCGCUUUAUCACUACCCAAAGGAGUCUCAAAGCGGCUAACAAUUUCCUUUCCCUUCCUCCCCCACAACAAACACUCUGUGAGGUGAGUGAGGCUGAGAGACUUCAAAGAAGUGUGACUAAGCCCAAGGUCACCCAGCAGCUGCAUGUGGAGGAGCGGAGACACGAACCCGGUUCACCAGAUUACGAGUCUACUGCUCUUAACCACUACACUACUCUGGACAGAAGAGCUAGAGUAGAGGAGGGGAACCUGGGGGCCAAAUGAGAACCUCCAAAUCUCUCUACCUGGCCCUUGGGACUCUCCCUAGUCCACAUCCCUAACUCACCCUGCUCUGUGUUCUCCUUGAGUACUUUGGCUCGACUGAAAUGGGACCUUGAACAGUGAAGAUCCCUCUUCAAUAUGCAAACCUCUUCUUUUUGUGUGGCUGGAAUGUAGCCCAUGCUACGCAGAUAAAAGUCUUACCCAUUGCUCUUCUCACUUGUGCUCACUCACUGCUGGCAUGGAGCCCCCAGAAGGUUGCCAACGAAGGAAUGUGGCUCUCUGAGUGAAAAGUGUUCCCCAUCCUGGGCUAGAUGCUGCUACUGGGCAGGUCUUUGCAAGAGCAACCUUUGUCCAGCAGUGGCCAGAGUACCGGGCAAAGCCCUGAGAGCCCUGGGUUAAAAUCACAGCUCUGCCACAAAGGUCAGUGGAGCCUAGUCAACCCACCACACAUACUUGCCCAUCUAUCUCUGUGCUCUAGAUUAUUUUCUUUGAAGGAGCUCUGGGUAUUUCCAGCACUUUGUUCCCGCUGUUGCUGAACAUUCUUGUUUUUGGCAGACGCUGUACACCCACAUUGUGACGGAUAUCAAGAACAUCAACGCAAAACACAAAAACAACAAGCUGAACACGGUAGGUUGUGGCUUCUGCUUCGAAUUCCGGUUUGUGCGGGACAGAAUUCUUUCUUGCGAAACCUUUCCCCCUCUUCCCCCCCCCUCUCUCUCUCCCCAGACCCUUCAGAACUUUAUGUACACUAUGCUGCAAGACAGCAAUCCAACAGCAGCCAAGAUCUCGCUGGAUGUGAUGAUAGAGCUAUACAGAAGGAACAUCUGGUAAGUGGCUGACAUGGGAAAUAAUCCUGUGAGGAACUGCAAGAAAAGAUAAAACGUGAUGUGCCCAAGUUGCCAUUGUUCCUUAUUCCAGAGUGUGAACACUUUAUUUAUUUCUCCAGGAAUGAUGCCAAGACUGUGAAUGUCAUCACCACAGCUUGCUUUUCCAAAGUCACAAAGGUAAGAAACUAUUUUAGCUUUAUUUUGUUUUGUACAAAUUCUAGCAGGGUAACCACAUUGUGUUUUAAUGGGAUUGUUUUAUCAUGCGUUUUAGUUACAGUGCAUUUUAAUUUACAGUUUAUUGCACAACCGAUCCAGUGGAACAGGCUUCCUCAACCUCGGCCCUCCAGAUGUUUUGAGACUACAGUUCCCAUCGUCCCUGACCACUGGUCCUGCUAGCUAGGGAUCAUGGGAGUUGUAGGCCAAAAACACCUGGAGGCCCGAGGUUGAGGAAGCCUGCAGCGGAACCUCGGCUUUCUAACGUAAUCCGUUCCAGAAAUCGGUUCGACUUCCGAAACGUUCGAAAACUGAGGAUCAAAGUGUUGGUUAUUUUGCAGAUUAGUUGUGCUGCAGAAGGUGUGCUGGGGAGACCACAAAUUCAAGAAACGCAAAAGUAACUUUUGCUAGGUUUUAGUAACAAAAACUCCUUUUACACGAAAUUACAUUAUAUCAGUAAGUAUGACCCAUCCACCAGGGUACUGAGAGAGCUACAUGCUGCUCUUUACAUACUAUACCCAGCAGCUUAAUUAACAUAAUUUAACAGCAUCUGCUAGUCUGCUUCAUAGCUGUAAAACUAGGUCAUGUUAUUUGCUCUGGCCCUUAAACACAUACACAUUUUGUGAAACAAUAAUGAAACCCAAAAUUUAAAGAAACCAUUCAACACAAAGGGCUGUCAGCCAGUUCAGUGGAGAAAAUUGAGAAAUGCAACUUGGAAGCCAUUCGACUUCUGAGGUGCGUUCGAAAAUGGAAGCAUUCACUUCCGGGUUUUCGGCAUUCAGCUUCUGAGACUUUCGGCAGUCGAGAUGUUAGAAAACCGAGGCUUGAGUGUAACCAAUUCCACAACAUGGUUAAACCCCUUAGGGCUUAUUCUGGCUUUAAGUGGCGUAUAAUAAAUAAGUUACAGUAAAUAAUUAUUAGUCUGUUGCAGCAAAACCAGCAGCAGAUUUUUGUGGCACCUUUCUAGGCAUAGGGUUGUAUAAACUGAGGGUAGGGAACCUUCUUCAGCCCACGGACCACGUUUCCUUCUGGGCAGCCACCUUGGACCCAGUUGUGGCCAGGCAAAAGCAGACAGAGCAAUGAAUACUAGAAGAAGAAGAAGAAGAAGAAGAGUUUGGAUUUGAUAUCCCGCCUUUCACUCCCUUUAAGGAGUCUCAAAGCGGCUAACAUUCUCCUUUCCCUUCCUCCCCCACAACAAACACUCUGUGAGGUGAGUGGGGCUGAGAGACUUCAGAGAAGUGUGACUGGCCCAAGGUCACCCAGCAGCUGCAUGUGGAGGAGCGGGGAAUCGAACCCAGUUCCCCAGAUUACGAGACUACCGCUCUUAACCACUACACCACACUGGCUCUCAAUUUACCUUUGUACAGUAGGCUGGUUUCUAUACACAUUUGCACAUCCUACUCUUAUCUCGGACGAGCAAGAGGCAUUAUCAGAAUUCAAGUACACAUCCCAUCCGGGCAGCGACGUUCAGUGACGGUGUGAAGCAGGGAGAGUAAAGGGCAUGGCCUGAGUUGUAUUCCAAGUUCACUUAGAGAGACUUGGAGAACUGUAUUUGGUCCCCAGAACCAAGGCUGGUUUAGCGCUCCAAGAAUGAGCCUAGUCUCCACCCAGACUCAUGUGCCAGAAACUGGCUGUAAAAAUAACCGUUUUCUCCUUCUUGUGCGCUUCUCUCCCCAAUCUACGCAUCUCGCGGCUAUUCAGAUACUAGUUGCUGGCUUGAAAUUUUUCCUUGGAAAGGAUGAAGAUGAGAAAAGAGGCAGUGAUUCAGAAUCAGAGGUUAGUGCAUCUGGGGCGAUGACUUUGUGCUAGUUCCUCAUGGAGGAGGUAAAAGCGAUGCCAGGAAUGUGCCACAGGUAUAAAUGCCUGGACAGUAUUCUUUUAGAACUUAUUUUCCGAUUGCUUCUCUGUUUAAGAAACAAAAGAACUCUGGGGGCAGGGGACCCAGGAAUUAAGGAGAAGGUUUUUCUUUCUGACAUAUGGAGGGGGCUAGGUUUUUUUUUUUAAUCCAGACUUUUCUUCCUGACUGAAACCCUCCAUAUGCUAUAUUAAAUUAUUAUUAUUAUUAUUAUUAUUAUUAUUAUUAUUAUAUUCUUGCAACGAUUAAAGGAGUAAAAAACAUUCUGCUGACGUUGACAAUAACAAUAUUCCAGUGAUCCUAACUUAAAUGCGUAGGGUAUGUCUAAAAGAUAUGGAUGCUCAUAAUCUAUACAUUCAAAUGUAGAAAGCGCAGUGAACUCUUCAGGGCAAUGAAUUAUGAUUAUGAUUAUGAAUGAUUAUGGGUGUUUUGUAUAAUUUAAAUUCCAUUGACUUUGAUGUUGCACUGCUGUGCAAGUUAAGGGCUCCAUGAUGGAAGAAAGGUGCACAAAAUUAUUUCAUUUUGUUUGUGCCCUGUGCUGAAAAGCCCCCUAGAGUGGUUUACAUUCAAUUAAAAGCAAGACAGUCCCUGUUUGCAGGCUUAUAAUCAAAACAAAAAACCAGAAACACAGCAUGCAAGGGCAAAGGGACAGAGCGGGAAGAGGGGCCGGGAGCAAACUCAGGCACCAAUUCUUAAGUAGUAGUUCUUAAAAUGAUGAGCUGGCAUAUAAACAGCUCUGGGCCGGAGGUGCCUGAUGGAGCUGCUUUUUCAGCAGAGCUUGAUGGAGUGAGCCUUGCUCCCCAUCUCUUCCACUGAGGCAGCCUGAUGGAAUGGUUUUAACCUUUAAAGCCCUAUACGGCCUAGGACCCUCGUACCUACAGGACCACCUCUCCUGGUAUGUCCCAUGGAGGACCUUAUGGUCUUCAAACAAAAACAUCUUGGAGGUCCCGGGCCACAGGGAGCUUAGGCUGGCCUCAACCAGAGCCAGGGCUUUUUCAGCUGUGGUUCCAAUCUGGUGGAACGCUCUGUCACAAGAGACUAGGGCCCUGCGGGAUUUGACAUCUUUCCGCAGGGCCUGCAAAUCAGAGCUGUUCCACCAGGCCUUUGGCCAAGGGACAGUCUGACCCCCUCCUCAUAGAACUCCAGCCCAAUGGUUGCCAUUAAUUUGAUUCAGAAUUGAUUUUAGAAUGUAUUUCAAUUAAUAGAUUGCGAUUUUAUGUAAACUGUGUUACUUUUACUGUUGUUAGCCGCUCUGAGCCUGGCUUCGGUUGGGGAGGGCAGGAUAUAAUUUUUUUAAAAAUAUUAUUAUUAUUAUUCCGGGUGACAGACAGAAUUACUUUACAGUUCAGCAGGAUAUGACUACAUGCUUUCCCCAGUGCAAGGCUUUGUUUUGAGAGUUAAACCACUCUUCCAUCUCUGAUAUUCCUUCCCAAGGACGAUGGCCCCACAGCAAGGGACUUAAUGGUGCGAUACUCCACGGGAAGGAAGACCACCAAGAACAAGAAGAAGCUGGAGAAAGCGAUGCAAGUCUUAAAGGUGAGCAGCGAGAGGCAGAGCGGUCCAGCAAGUCGAUGCUUGGAAGUUUGCCAGAGUGACCUGGGCUCAAAUCCCCACUCAGCUUUGAAGCUCAUUAGAUAGAUAACGAUUAAAAAUUUAUUAUUUGUAACCCGCCUAUCUGACUGGUUGCCCCAGCCACUCUGGGCGGAUUCCAACAAAUAUAAAAGCAUAAUGAAACAUUGAACAUUAAAACAUCCCUAUACAGGUCUGCCUUCAGGUGUCUAUAUAUACGUAUAGUUAUUUACCAUCAGAAGGUUGCCGGUGAGCUCCCAUUGUUUGGCUCCAGCUCCUGCCAACAUAGCAGUUCGAAAGCACGUGAAAGUGCAAGUAGAUAAAUAGGUACCACUCCGGCCGGAAGGUAAACGGCGUUUCUGUGUGCUGCUCUGGUUUGCCAGAAGUGACUUAGUCAUGCUGGCCACAUGACCCGGAAGUUGUCUGCGGACAAACACCGGCUCCCUCAGCCUAUAAAGCGAGAUGAGUGCCACAACCCCAGAGUCGUCUGCAACUGGACCUAACAGUCAGGGGUACCUUUACUUUUAAGUUCUCAUUUCCUGCUGAACGUGGCUCUCUCCUGUUUCCCCCCGUCACACAGAAACACAAGAAGAAGCGGAAGCCAGAGGUGUUCAACUUCUCAGCGAUUCACUUAAUCCACGACCCACAAGGCAAGUUCUUGACAGAUGCGCUCUUUGCCGAGGAUGAUAUUGAAGCAGAAUAGGAAAAGUGGAGAACCUAAAGGGUUUUAGGUGCUGGGUGUGGUGGACUACGGCUCUACCGUUGGGUCGGUGGGACACUUGACCUGGAAGACAUUGUUAUUCCAGCUAAAACCAAUGGGUACCCUGACUCCUGCACCGUGACAGAACUGCCCCCAAGGGGGAGCAGAAUUUCCCUGUAGCUCCUCAGCAAAAAAUGCCCCUAUUGGACAGGUUUUUUUCAUUCUCAGAGAAGCAUGGAUGGAAGCUGUGUAGGGAGGAGGAGCCCCUGAAUUGCAAAAAGUCCUGUUGAUUUUGUGGUUGCUCCUCACAGCCAGCGGCCGUACAUUUUUAGAUUAGCGGAAGAUGGAGAUCUGAGACAAUCACUCACUUAAAAAGCCCUGCAGUGAUAACCACAGGAUGCUUUGUGACUUAAGGAUUUCUUUUCUGAGCUUUCUUCUCCUCUAACUCUUCCCCCCUCCCCUCUUCCUUGGUUCCCUUUUUACUUUUUUAGACUUCUCAGAGAAACUAUUGAAGCAGCUGGAAACUUCAAAGGAGAGGUUUGAAGUGAAAAUGAUGCUUAUGGAUCUGAUUUCUAGGCUCGUUGGAAUCCAUGAGGUAGGAAGAAAUCUGUAGGCUUAAUAAGUUUUCGGCACAUGUAGAAAAGCUGUCAGAUAUUUGGGACGGGGGUACACACUUCUUCAAGAUAAGGGAGCUGUUAAGAGUAUUUAAGAGUACAAAAAUUAUUUUAAUCUUCUACAUACUUCUAAUAUCUUUAUAAAAAUCUUUUUUACUGAUCAUUUUCAUGUUCUGAACAGCUUUGAUAUUCUAAAAGCUUUUUGGUAGAGUCAAGUGGUGUGUAAAUUUUGUUAGAUGAAUACAUAAAAUAUCAGGCAUUCUCUGUACUGUAUAUACAACCACAUUUCUUAAAAGUGUGUGCAUGUUUUCUUUUAUGAAUAUUCACAUAUGAAAACGUUACGGAUGCUUUCAUGAUGUGAUUAUGAAUAGCGCUUUUUGAACAUUUAUAACCCCAUUCUUUAUCCAAAAAGGAUGACAUUGGAGGCAUGGCACGUGAGGAAAAAAGGAAUGGGAGGGAGGAGGAAAACAGCAGGCUCACGGACAAGUUCUUAAAGUUACAACUGAUGUCAGUGGCCCUGCUGGCUGUCUUGCCUUUGAUAAAGAGUAGUUCUUUCUUAUAAAAACCAGAUUUGGUCCCUCUCCCCGCCACACCUACCCUGAGCUGCAUCUGGGAAUUGUAACUCUUUGAGGGGGGAAUAGGUGGUCUCCUAACAACUCUCAGCACCCUUCACAAACUACAACUCCCAGAAUUCCUUGGGGGAAGCCAUGGCUACUUAAAGUGGCAUCAAAGUGCUUUACCUGUAUGGCGUAAUUGCAAUCUAAGGACACCAUUACACUGUGUUGAGCAACCAAAGAUUGCUUUUUGCACCAUUUAUCUUCCCUUUGCUGGGCUGGGCUGGUGCUGUAGCUCCAACAUUCUUGAAAUCUACUGAUGCCAUUGUAGCUGCUGGCUUUGCCCCAAGUCCCUCUUCCAAUGGCGCACCCUCCGUUCCCCAGAGAUCUGGGGAUUUAGUAGUUCACCCGGGGUGAGAAAUGAAGGUGCCCAUUUGACAUCUUGUGGGUGCUCUGUGUCUCCCCAGCUUUUCCUCUUCAACUACUACCCUUUCCUGCAACGAUUCCUGCAGCCACACCAGAGAGGUAAGUGGUCACACAGGUGGCACUGUGGUCUCUGAGCCUCUUGGGCUUGCUGAUCAGAAGGUCAGCGGUUCGAAUCCCCGCAACGGAGUGAGCUCUUGUUGUUCUGUCCCAGCUCCUGCCAACCUAGCAGUUUGAAAGCACGCCAGUGCAAGUAGAUAAAUAGGUACCGCUCCAGCGGGAAGGUAAACAGCGUUUCCAUGUGCUCUGGUUUCUGUCACGGUGUCCCAUUGCACCAGAAGCAGUUUAGUCCCGCUGGCCACAUGACCCAGAAAGCUGUCUGUGAACAAACACCGGCUCCCUCGGCCAGAAAGCGAGAUGAGCGCCACAACCCCAUAGUCGCCUUUGACUGGACUUAACCAUCCGGGGGUCUUUUACCUUUACCAUCUGCAGCAAUGGCAAGAUUCUGUCUUGCACCAUGUCAGACCAAUACUGUCUAUUGUAGACAGUACUGUGCGGUUCUAAAGCACGUCAAAGCGCAAGUAGAUAAAUAGGUACUCCUCUGGCGGGAAGGUAAAUGCCGUUUCCGUGCGCUGCUCUGGUUCACCAGAAGCGGCUUAGUCAUGCUGGCUACAUGACCCGGAAGCUGUAUGCCGGCUGCCUCGGCCAAUAAAGCGAGAUGAGCACCGCAACCCCAGAGUUGUCCGCAACUGGACCUAAUGGUCAGGGGUCCCUUUACUGAGAUGGUCAUAAUAACCUUGGCUUUGUGUAGGCAGCUUCCUUUGCUCCUAAUAUCCCCUCCGGUUUGGAGGCUACCCUAAUUUGAAAAUGUAUCUGUAUUUCCCCCAUCUCUACAACAGCCUUUUUCUCUUUCGUUUUCCCCUUCUAGAAGUUACCAAAAUUCUCCUCUUUGCUGCACAGUCCUCCCAUCAACUUGUCCCGCCUGAGGUGUGUAAUUCAUUUAUUCGCUCAUUUAUUUAUUACAUUUUGCCUUUCCAAGAAGCUCAAGGGAGUGUAUGUGGUUCUCCCCCCUCUCUACUUUCUCCUCACAACAAGCCUGUGAGGUAGGUCAUCCUGAGAGAGACAGUAACUAGCUCAUGUCGAGCUUCGUGACUGAGUUAGCAUUUGAACUGGGGUCUCCCAGGUCUUCGUCAGACACGCUUUCCAAAUCACAUGGAUCUUUCCAAGGGCUGGGAAAAGGCAAAGGGAAGCAACUCCUGAGCCUUCAGGCUUUCAGUGGCCAUGUUGAGAUGGGUAUCUCUCCAAGCCACAGUUUAGUGUGGCAAGAUCCAGCCACAGCGAGCCUUGGGCUCACACGCUUCCCUCUCUGCCACACCUCUUUCCUCCUUCGUCGUAGCUGCGGCGUGAAGUUAGCAAGCUUUUGCUUGUACAGCUAGCCAUUUUCAUCCAGUCUGGCAAACUGUUGUUAAUAAUCUUUGUCUUUUAUAUAUAUAUAUUAGUUUUCAAUUACAAUAACCCAAUAAUAACCUCGUUCUAAUAAUGCCAAUUUUUAAUACAAUUAAUAAUACCAAUCACUGAGAUGCCAAAUUAUACAAUUUAGGUGGGCUCCCCUCAUGCUAGAAUUGAUGGUUUGAUGAUUUACUUCAUUUCUGCCUUCUAAAGUCUUAUAAAUUACGAUUACGCUUCAGUCAGAAUAACAAUCCCUUAUAUCGCAACUGCAGUUUUAACGACUUCCAUUCGUAUUGACACAUUAAAUGAUGUGUCCUUAAAGGGAGUGAAAGGCGGGAUAUCAAAUCCAAAACUCUUCUUCUUAAUUGGCUUUGGCUGAAACCUGCCAAAUUCAAAGCAGCUCAUUCUCAUUACCCUUUGGUUGCAUCCACAACCAGCCCUAUCUGGAAGACGCCUUCUACACAAUAAAUAACUGGGUACUCCAAGUGCAAAUGGCCUCGUGUGACAAUUGCCCAUGGAUGUGUUUACUUUGAUAGAAGAGUUUGGAUUUGAUACCCCGCUUUAUCACUACCCUAGGGAGUCUCAAAGCGGCUAACAUUCUCCUUUCCCUUCCUCCCCCACAACAAACACUCUGUGAGGUGAGUGGGGCUGAGAGACUUCAGAGAAGUGUGACUAGCCCAAGGUCACCCAGCAGCUGCAUAUGGAGGAGCGGGGAAGCGAACCUGGUUCCCCAGAUUACGAGACUACCGCUCUUAACCACUACACCACACUGGCUUUCCAUAUUGUGUAGACACCUGCAACGCUGCUACUGACCCUUUUCAAAGUGUUUUGAGUGUGCCCUAUGUGUUUCUUGCAAACUUGCAGGCAAGGACGGUGGUUGCCUUUGACCUGUUUUUGUCUCCUGCGUGGAAGUAACUUUUCUAGUGUGAAGUGGCCCAGAGCUAAAGGGAAGAUGCUCUGUUUAAGCUUUUAAAGUGUAUUUGUACUCUUGCGUGUAUGUUCCUGGGUGAUGAUGAAUGCAGUUAAAACAGCAGCAUCGGCAAAUCUGGAUCUGUCUUACCUCUUUGCUUUCUUUAUCGCCAGAUUGUCCAGUCAGUGCUGAUGACAAUAGCCAACAACUUUGUCACGGAAAAAAACUCCGCGGAAGUGAUGACCGUCGGGUAAGUAAAACUCUAAAGCUCAGGGACGUCUGAGCUUGGAUAUGCGUGAAUAUGGGUGGGAAGUGGUUAGACAAGGGUUUCCCAAACUUGGGUCUCCAGCUGUUUUGGACUACAACUCCCAUCAUCCCUUGCUAGCAGGACCAGUGGUCAGGGAUGAUGAGAAUUGUAGUCCCCAAAGAGCCGGAGACCCGAGUUGGGGAAACCCUGGGUUAGACUGAGCGGAAGUGCUUCUAUUUCCUGUUAGGAAUGUUCGUUUUGAUUCUCAGUUUUCAUCUUGUACUACAACUACCACUGAAUAGCAAUUUGCCAUUACUCAGCAAAUUAAACAAUGAAAAAUAAGUGGAUUUUCCUAUGCAAGUUGCAGAUUCCAGCUUUUUCUAGAGCAGAUUUUUGGUUGCUUCCACACUUUUCAAGCGUACCAUAAUUUUACCAUGGUUUGAUAUUUUUAAAUGUCUUUAAUUUUUCCAGGAUUAAUGCUAUUAAAGAGAUAUCUGCUAGAUGCCCUCUGGCCAUGACAGAAGACUUGCUGCAAGACCUGGCGCAGUACAGAUCACAUAAAAACAAGAGUAAGUUUGCUACUUUACAUGGGCACGUUUUUGACUUAAGGACAUAUUUGGGUUUCUCUCCCUGUUGGUUCAUGAGGACUAGGAACCUAUUAAGUCUACAUUGUGUUCUGUCCCAGGUGCCGGCUGCUUAUUCAAAGAGUUGCUGGGUUUCUUUGAUUCCAUUUACUCCAUGAAUAUUUUAUUUGGCUAUGAUAUUUUAGUUCAUUUUUAUUUUAUCGAGAGUUCAGGUGCCCUUUUCAUUUGUUUAUGUGAAAAAUGGAAAGCAACUUCCAGGAGAAAAGCUAGUUUAAUUGAGAAAUGUGCUUUAUAGUCAGUCUGAACCCUGCCCUGAGAACAUCUUCGAUUCAGUCCCAUUUUUCUCUGCAGAUGUAAUGAUGUCGGCAAGAACGUUGAUACAUUUGUUCCGGUCGCUCAAUCCAAAGAUGCUGCAGAAAAAAUUCCGGGUAAAGCAUGCCUUGAGUUUUCAAUGCUAGUGCGAUAACUGGUUUGUUAAACACUUGAUAAAGUGCAUCUCUGGAAUAUUAUCUUCCUCGUGGCUGAAUGAAAUAGUAGGAUGUGGUUGUAUGUUGUUUUGGACAUUUUAGGGAAAGGGAUUGUUCUGCCACCUGCAGAUUCUGUCUGCUUUCAUGGAGUGCAAGGCAGAGAGCUUUCCCUGGAAAACGGGAGACUUGAAAUGAUUCUUGCAUAGUUUUGCCCCUAGCAACAGGUUUUCUCCCAGCAACAGGUCUUCCCUAGCAACAGGGUUUCCUUGGUGACCGACUUCUUUAUUAGACAUGCUCUGAAGGAGAGAAGUGUGGCUGUUACUGUGCCCAGGUGACUGAAGAACAGCGAGGAGAAGUGAUUCUCUAUACUUAAUUUUACUUAAUUUUUCCUUAGACCAGUACAAUUGUACCUUAGAAGUCAAACGGAAUCUGUUCCAGAAGUCCGUUCGACUUCCAAAGCAUUUGAAAACCAAAUUGCGGCUUCUGAUUGGCUGCAGGAAGCUCCUGCAGCCAAUCGGAAGCCUCGUUGGACGUUCGGGUUCCAAAAGAACGUUCGCAAACUGGAACAAUCACUUCUGGGUUUGCGGCGUCCGGGGGCCAAAAAGUCCGAGUUCCAGGGCGUUCAGGAUCCAAGGUACAACUGUAGCUGUUUAAGUUGUAGUGUUAAUUCUUCAAUAAAUACAUUAAGCAGAGCUGGAAUGGGUGAGGUGUUUAUUCCCACAUGGGAAUUCACUGACAGAUGACGUGAGAAAGAAGAUUCUGGGUGACUCUGCUGACUUAAAAAGGAAACCCUGUACUGACAGGAGCCUCACUCAACAGAACACACAAAGCCGUCCAAGUCUGUGACCGUCACUACACCUUGUGCAUUACAAUAUUUUGUCUCAAAUGAUUCCUGUGCAGUUUGUAGCCAGAAUGUGUUGCUCCUUUUAAAACAUGAACGCUUGUAUUGCUCUUAGGGUAAACCAACAGAAGCCACGUCGGAGGCCAAAAUCCACGAAUACGGGGCGUUGGAUGCCAAAGACUACAUUCCAGGAGCUGAAGUCCUAGAACUUGAGAAUAAGGGAGGAGAUGGGGAUCAGGAAGGAGGUUAGUUUUGCUUUUGCAUUUCUGGAGGUCACCCACUGCUCUGGGCCUGCGGGCACAUUUGCAAACUGGUGUGGGCGUCACACGUACCACAUGGCCUAUUCUGGCUGGCUUCUUUCAAGUCAAACUUUAGUAGGGGGAAGAGAGACCCUGUGGGUGCCAGGAAAGGUCUCUGCAGGUGCCAUGUUGCUGUUAGAGAGAGAGCAAGCCAGCUUAGUGCAUUUCAGGAUAGAUUUCCUGAACUUCUGCAAGUACGUUCGCAAACAGGAAAUGCUUAGUUGUCUAUGUCUGAUGUUUACAUUUGCUGCCAGUGCUGAUAGAUAACUGAGGCUGUCUUGUUCAAGGCAUUAUGUGGUUGGGAGUGUCUGGAUGGAUGGAAGUACAGUGGUAUCUCGGGUUAAGUACUUAAUUCGUUCCGGAGGUCCGUUCUUAACCUGAAACUGUUCUAACCUGAAGCACCACUUUAGCUAAUGGGGCCUCCCGCUGCUGCUGUGCCACCAGAGCACAAUUUCUGUUCUCAACCUGAAGCAAAGUUCUUAACCUGAAGCGCUAUUUCUGGGUUAGCAGAGUCUGUAACCUGAAGCGUAUGUAACCCGAGGUACCACUGUAGUUUUAUACCUGUCUUUCCACCCUCCAUGAGAGCCUCUCUGGGAUAUAACUGGGUCCUCGCAGGUGAGAGAUGGGAGAGGGGUAUUACAUAGUUAAUGCCUGCAGACUAUCUCGCCAGAGUGGUGCAUGCUCUGAUUAUCUCCCGCUUGGACUACUUCAAUGCGCUCUACGUGGGGCUACCUUUGAAGGUGACCCGGAAACUGCCAUUAAUCCAGAAUGCGACAGCUAGACUGGUGACUGGGAGUGGCCGCCGGGACCACAUAACACCGGUCCUGAGAGAUCUGCAUUGGCUCCCAGUACGUUUCCGAGCACAAUUCAAAGUGUUGGUGCUGACCUUUAAAGCCCUAAACGGCCUCGGUCCGGUAUACCUGAAGGAGCAUCUUCACCUCCAUUGUUCAGCCUGGACAUUGAGGUCCAGCGCCGAGGGCCUUCUGGCAGUUCCCUCAUUGCGAGAAGUAAGGUUACAGGGAACUGGACAGAAGGCCUUCUCGGUAGUGGCGCCCGCCCUGUGGAACGCCCUCCCACCAGAUGUGAAGGAAAUAAGUAGUUAUCUUUAAAAGACAUCUGAAGGCAGCCCCGUUUAGGGAAGUUUAAAAUAUUUAAUUCUGUAUUGUUUUUAACACUCGAUUGGAAGCUGCCCAGAGUGGCUGGGGAAACUCAGCCAGAUGGGCAGGGUAUAAAUAAUAAACUAUUAUUAUUAUUAUUAUUAUUGGAGGUGGGGAGGGUACCUUACAUGUGUGUGCUUGGCUGUGAUCAUCUGUGUGUGACUCUUACAAUUAGGGCUGGGUGAUUUCUAGCUUCCAACAUCUUUUCCCCUCCAUUGCAGAUGGCUGGGAGACUGCCAGUUCCGCUGAGGAGGAAGAUGACGAGGAUGGAGAAUGGGUUGACGUGCAUCAUUCCUCCGAUGAGGAACAGCAAAAGCUAGUGAGUUGCUGCUGCUGCUUCUGCUGCUGCUGCAUUUUAGCAAAAACAUCUUUAAAAUUUACGCACGGAGUUGCUUGCUGGGUGCAUUUGCACAACAGCAUUUCAUCAAGAAGCUAGGAAGUGUUGGUGGUGAAACUGACUUAAAUCCACACGCCUGUGUUGCUGAGGCUAGUGUGCUUGACCUGUACCCUGGAAACACGGACACGGCGGGGCCUCUGCGGUCCAGAUUCUGAGCCCUGGCAGAGCCUGGUGUACAAAUGCAUAACUGCCACAGGGUGGAGUCACUUAGCAGUAAAACACCAUACUCAGAUUUCGUGUGCACUUUUGCUUUAAAGGCAGAACAAAUCGAAAGCAUGCCUGUGGAAGAGCGGAAGGCCAAGGCGACGGCUGUCAGCAGCAGCAGACUCCUCACCCAGGAGGAGUUCCAGAAAAUCCGCCUUGCCCAGCUUAGCAAGGAACUGAAGUCUGCGCCUGGCAAGGCAGCAAAGAGGAAAAACAUUGAAAUAGAGAAUGAGGAGGAGUCCAGGUAAAUUAUUUAUUAUUAUUAUUAUUAAUUGAAUUUAUAUACCGCCCUGUACCUGGGGGGUCUCAGGGUGGUUCACAGAAUAAAAUCAAGAUAAAGGUAAAGGGACCCCUGACCAUUAGGUCCAGUCGUGACCGACUCUGGGGUUGCGGCACUUAUCUCGCUUUAUUGGCCGAGGGAGCCGGCGUACAGCUUCCGGGUCAUGUGGCCAGCAUGACUAAGCCGCUUCUGGCGAACCAGAGCAGUGCACGGAAACGCCGUUUACCUUCCCGCCGGAGCGGUACCUAUUUAUCUACUUGCACUUUUGGCGUGCUUUCGAACUGCUAGGUUGGCAGGAGCAGGGACUGAGCAACGGGAGCUCACCCCAUCACAGGGUUUUGAACCGCUGACCCUCUGAUCGGCAAGUCUUAGGCUCUGUGGUUUAACCCACAGCGCCACCCGCGUCCGAAAUCAAGAUAUAAAACCACAAAAUACAUAACAAUAACAACAACUCAAUAGCCCCUCACCCACAAAAAAGAGCCACAUUUUAAAAGGGCAUAUGAUAUCAAUCAGAUCAACCAAAGGCCUGGUUAAAAAGGAACGUUUCUGCCUGGCGCCUAAAGGUGUGUAAUGAAGGCGCCAGGUGAACUUCCCCGGGGAGAGCAUUCCACAGACGGGGAGCCACUGCAAAGAAGGCCCUUUCUCUUGUUGCCACCCUCCGGACCUCUCAAGGAGGAGGCGCACGAAGGAGGGCCUCAGAAGAUGAUUUCAGGGUCCGGGUAGGUUCAUAUGGGAAGAGGUGGUCCUUGAGAUAUUGUGGUCCUGAGCCAUUUAGCUUUUAUAGGUCAAAACCAGCACUUUGAAUUGGGCCUGGGAUUUAAUUGGUAGCCAGUGCAUGGAACUUGUGUACGAAGUUCCUAUGAUUUGCUCCAGCCCCUAUAGUUUGUGCAGUGUCAGUGAAACAGUCAUGGCUCUUCUAAAGGGGGGAGGGGGGAAUAGUUGACGCAUGAGGCCAUAUUAUUGCAUUUGCUCUUUUCAGGGGAGAGCUACUUUCGCUCAGGGACAUUGAGCAUCUUCACAAGAAACCCAAGUCGGAUAAAGAGACGCGGCUGGCCACAGCAAUGGUGAGGCGUUCUGUCCAAACGGUUUGGUUUAUGCUUGAAAUGAUGGCCAGCCAACGUAGCUGAAUGUUGGGAGAUUUCAGACACCAGAAAGCACUUCGCACAGCCUAUAGUUGAACUCUGGAGCUCACUCCCAAUAGAUGGCGGGGGGGGGGGGGGCUAGGAAUGGCCACCAAUUUGGGUGCCUUCAAAAGAGGUUUGUGACAAAUUCACGGGGAGUAAGUAGCUGCUAGAGAAAAAUGGCUGUUUGAAAACUCAGUUGCUGGGAAUCACAAAUGAGGAGACGGUUGUUGCUCUCAGGCAACCCUGCUUAAGGGCUUCACAUGUGCUUGGCCACUGUGAGGACAGGAUCUCGCAGGAUCAACUAUGAGAGCUGGACUGAGUGGGCUUUUGGCUGAUCCAGUAAGACUUUUUGUGUUCAGGAAGAUGAGAUUUUUAGAUGCUGGGAGAGUGAGGCUUCAGGGUCCAUGCCAGUCCCAUAAUGAGCAAGACAGUAUUCUGCAAAGCAGCAGAAUUGGGGGAAAGAGGAAGUGUUACACAACUCUAAUCAAGUGUCAUAACUGUGUUGAUUGCUAAAUUUAACAUCUCUUUCUCAGAAGCUCCGAACUGCCUGGCUGCAAAAAAAUAAAAUUAUUCUUAGCCCUAAACACACGGAAGUCCACGGGUGUAUCAAACGGUCUGUCUUUCCAGUGUUGCUCAUGUCUAGCUUCUCAGUCCCAUUUCUAACUGAUUUCUGUUUCCUCUUCACAACUGGAAGAAGCUCUCAAGUUCUGCCACUGAAGUCACAUAACGGUGGCCUUGCCAAACGUUAACCCCCACCUAAAGCUAUGCCUAUUCUAGCAACCUUGAAUUGUUUUUAUGAUGGUGCAUUGGCUACAAAGUGUUAUUUUACAUAUAUUUUAAAACAAGUAAGAGAACAGUUUGUGUGUGAGUUUUAGCAUUUUUUUCCCUUUCCUCCCCCUUUCGCUUUUAGGCAGGCAAGACGGGCAGGAAAGAAUUUGUGAAGAAGAAAUCUAAGCUGAACCCUUUUGCCAGCUCCACCAACAAAGAGAAGAAGAAGCAGAAGAAUUUCAUGAUGAUGCGAUACAGCAACAAUGUCCGGUCGAAAAACAAGCGCUCGUUCAGGGAGAAGCAGGCAAGUUCCUCGCAGCUUUUUCUCCCCUUGAAAGCUUCUCACGCCUGUGAAAAGAUCUGGCCAAAGACCCAAAAGGAGGGAUUUCCCCAGUUAGAAGUGGCAAUUUACCACAUGGGUGAAAUUGCUUUCUUUGCUAUAUAGUUAAGUUGUUCAACUUCAUAUUUCAACAAGGUGCAAAAGGCCUCUUUGGGCACUACUUACUAAAAAAUCACAAAAUACAAUUCUGUGAUUUUUAAGUAAGUAGUGCCCAAAGAGGCCUUUUGUACCUUGUUGGAAGGUACCAUGAGGGUCAUCUAGUCCAAGCCCCUGCAAUGCAGGAAUCUUUUACCCAAUGUGGGGUUCGAACCCACAACCCUGAGGUUAAGAGUCUCGUGCUCCAACAACUGAGCUGCCGAGUGUGUGGAAGGGAACAGCAGGGCUACACCACUACCUUCACCCUAACAAUAUGUGGCUGUUCCCAACCCUGCCCAUGCACAGAUGCCUGGAACCAGCAUAUUCCUCUCUGUCUUAAGCUUCCCAAAUCCUGGAAUCAUGCACAGUCAGGGCUCCAGAACCCAGAGAGAAACCUCCAUGUGCAAAGAUAGAUGCUUAACUACUUCCCUCCCUCAGAUGGGACCAAGAGGAGCAACACGUCGUCAAAAUAGGGUGCAGUUCUCUUCUGUACCUGCUUCACACGAUGUAUUCUGUGCAGGGGGCGGAGGUCAGGUUUCCAAAUGGCAUGUCUGGAAAAUGAGGGGGUUUCCCCCCCCUUUUAAAAAUAUUUUGUGGUACCACCUCUUGCAAACAAGCUAAGGGAUUUUAAUAGGUAAAGGGACCCCUAACAGUUACGUCCAGUCGCAAACGACUCUGGGGUUGUGGCGCUCAUCUCGCUUCAAAGGCCAAGGGAGCCGGCGUUUGUCCGCAGACAGUUUUUCCAGGUCAUGUGGCCAGCAUGACUAAGCCGCUUCUGAUGAAACCAGAGCAGUGCACAGAAAUGCCAUUACCUUCCCGCCGGAGUGGCACCUAUUAAUCUACUUGCACUUUUUGGUGUGCUUUCAAACUUCUAGGUUGGCAGGAGCUGGGACGGAGCAGCAGGAGCUCACCCCGUUGCAGGGAUUCGAACCGCCAACCUUGAUUGGCAAGCCCAAGGCUCAGUGGUUUAGACCACAGCGCCACCCGCAAGGGAUUUACUGGAAACCAAUAAUUGCAAUGGCUAUGUAAGAGGAGUACCUUGUCCUGAAGAGAAGGCUGGAAACGGUUUCUAGUUAAUUGCAACGGCAGUGAUGCUUUCUCGAAUCUUCUGCCAUGAAAACAGGAGAACUGUGUCUCAUCAACAGGCUGCAAGGAGCACAGAUGCAGCAGGGGUGCCUGUUUUCAUGGUGAAGGUGGUGCGGUCUCUGCAGUGAUGAAUGGGUCAACCUCACUAGUUCUCAGCACCCCUUAGAACCUGUGCUUACCCCAACUUCAUUUUCACCUUUUCCACAUUUCUAAAUACGAGCCUCUGUCCCUCGUGUCUGGAUAGAGAUAACCGAGAAAAGGAAGUGGGUGGUGAAAUGACAGAAGCUGGGAUUUCCAGGGCAUCAGGCAGAGAUUUCCCGUUUGGCAAAGUCACGUUUUGGGGAAGCCCCUUUCAGAAGCAGCUGCGGUUAGGAAAUAGUGUCAGCGUGGGGGAAUCCCCUGAUGUCAGCAAUCAGGGAAUCUUAAAGGAGAAACACUGUCUGAAGCAUGCACCGCCCUUUUCCUUUAAAUGAAGAACAUCUGAUGCUGCAAAGUGUGCUUUUGAGAAGUCCUUUAAGGCAGCCCUUGUGCUGCUCCCAUUUCGAUUACGAUUACGAUACGAUUGCAAUAUCUUUAUUGUCAUUGUCCCUUGCAGAACAAUGAAAUUGGAAAACUAGAUAAAACUACCACAAAACUACAUAAAACUACAUAAAAACUACAUAAAACUACAUAAAACUUUCAAAAACCCAUAAAAACUCUAAAACCCCAUUUUAAAAUACACUAUACUAUAGAGACCCCUUAUGCUGCGUUUAGAACCAGAAUUGCAUUUGCGUAGAAACUGUUUCUCAGGCAGCUAGUCCUGGCCUUUUCAGGCUGAAACAGGAGUGCAGGGCUGUCUUACAGCCUUCUGAAUUCUCCCUGCAUUCCCCAGAUAAGCUUUGGAGACUUGCAAAGCCACCCACUUAAUAGAUGGGCGGGCCACACCUGUUAAUUGUGUGACAUUAUGAUGUUGAGCAAUUGGCAGGUAGGUAGCCCUGCCCAUCUGCCAAAUUUGGCUGCAGGGCUGAUUCCGGGAAAGGUGUGCCGCAUGGAGAAAGGUUCCCCAUGCCUGGCUUAGGUGAUGGAGUUGUAAGUAUUACCCAAGUAUUGCAUGCUGAUGUGUAUCUUUCUGAUUUUGCAGCUGGCAUUACGAGAGGCACUCUUGAAGCAGAGGAAAAGGCUGGUGAAAUAACUGGCAUGAUGCCAGGACCCGGAAAUAAAACCGACUUAUGACUGGAGUGUUAACUAAUUGUACUGAAUGAACCAGCUCCAACAAAGACAUCUCGUACCUGCAAUUAACUUCAUUUUGCCUGAACUGUUAAAUUAUGUUUACCACCUUUGGAGCAAGCCAGUAUAUCAAACCUACUUCAAACCGUGCUUUAACAUCCUGACUUGUUCAGAACCACAGUUCCCUAUUUUAGACAAAACGGAGGACUGUAGCUAAUUAUAGUUAACUCCUGGCUUCCUGGCUUGGUUGUUCCUUCCACGAAGGAUGGGGCAAAGGGGCUGUUCAUUCAUAGCUUUUUAAGCAAAGAGGUGAUCAUCCAAACCUGGCCAUUGGUUGUGGUGGUGAGAGCUAGGUAUAAUACCUGAAAGGUGUUUCGACCUGGGAUGCAAAGAUGAAACAUAACUUAAAAUAUAUUUCCAAGUGGUGGCAGAUUAAAGACUAAUUAUGGCUGCUUCCAGACGACUUGCGUGUUUGAGCAUUCAUUCUGCCUUGUUUGCAGAGAGGUUACACUAAGUUGAGUUGAGCAGUUGUCACUUUUGCUCAUCAGACUUUUGCAGUAUGGAAAAAGAUUGUUUCAGGGGUGGGCACAUUGUGGCAAGGGUGCCUAAUCGACUUUAACUGCACAACCUAAAACCGCCAGUAUGCUGGUCAAUUCCACCUGCAAAAUAAUGAGUCUAGAAGCACUGCUUAUUCAUGAAAGAACAAUUACUUGGGUCUUAGCCCUACAUGCUCAGAGGAGCAAACCCUGUGGGCAGCAAUGGGAUUGAUUUAGGAAUAAAUCUGUAUCUGAGCAGAAAUUUGUAAAUGUUUUACAUAGAUGGAAGGAUGUAACUUCUGUAUUCCUGUAAAAUAUAUUUUAGAUCGUUCCCAUGGGUACUUGCUAAGAAUGUUAUUCUGAAUACA